AUGACGACGAAUCAACAUCGAAUGAACGGAGGUUGGAGAGGUGGGAGGUGGCGGGCGCCGAGGGCACGGAGGGCUGCGCACUACGCGAGCCCCGUGCGCCACGGCGCGCGCAUAAACUCCCGGGCUGGAUGGCUGCUGGUGGACCGGGGGCAGACGAGGCCGCUGCUGCGUGCGCCGAUGAGGGCUGCGCGUGCGUGUGUGCUUGCGCACCGUGCGCUGUGCGCCCGGGCAGGCGCCAUGCAGCUGCUGCUGCUCUCGGUGCUGGGUUCUGCCGAGGAGGCGUGGUUGCUGGAGUCGGGCGGGGGCGUGAGGGCUGUGCGUGCCGAUGAGGCGUGGCUGCUGGAGUCGGGCGGGGGCGUGAGGGCUGUGCGUACUGGGGAGGCGCGCGCGCGCGUGCUUGCGCGAUGUGUGCUGCGCACCCAGCGCUGCACUGCAUGGCCGUUCGCCCGCUGCCGACGUGCUGCUGCCGUGCCGAGGCUGUUACUGGCUGUGCCGACGCUGCUGGAGCCGAGGGCUACCGCGUCAGGCUGCUGCUGCCGAGCCGAGGUUGCUGCUGCUGCCUGCGCCGGGGACUGCCGCUGCUGUGCUGCUGUUGCUGGACGCCGAGGCUGCUGCUGUUGUGCGCCGGAUGCCACGCCGAGGCUACUGCCGCUGAGCUGCCCGUGCCGGGCUGCUGCUGCGGCGCACGCCGGGAGCUGCUGCGGUGGCGCUGUGCAGCGGGUGUCAAGGAAGGUGGCGGCGGCAGCUAGGGUUUCCAAACCCUAG